AUGCCUCCAAAAGCUGCUACUACUACUAAAGCUGAAGGAAAAUUCAAGCCUGAUACUUUUGGCCUGACUAUGGUUGCCUUAGUCAAGACUCAGCAGUUCUAUUGGUUCUUGGGCCAUGUGUUUGUUCUCGUUGCUUUUUUCUUGCAUAAUAUCACUUCGUUCUUUUCAAAGACUUUGUUCUAUUACAAGAUUACAUUAUUAUCAGUUUUAUUUACUUAUACUAUUGUUUUGCGUCAAGUUCACUUCAAAACGUUCGCGUCAUUGAAGGCACCAAACUUGAGAGCAAAUUUGAUUAAGGAUGAAAACUUCCAUUACUUCGUCUUAGCCUUGGUAUUCUUUUUGACAAGCAGUAGAUUAGGUGCUUUGUCGGGUUCGAUUUAUUCAUUCACAAUAUUCUCGUUAUUUCAUUCAUUGACGUACUUUCAAAAUAACAUCUUAUCUUCUUUGCCUAUUAGCCUUUCUAGUCAACAAGCAUUGAACUCCAAGAUCAAUAAUUUUACUUCAUCAUACAAUGAAACAGCUUUGAUGAUUGCAUCGCAAUCUGAAUUGUUAUUGUUAACUAGCUUUGUGUUCACGAUCCCAAUGACACCAAUAAAUUUGUUAAGAUCUCCAAUCAAUGCAAUUCUUAAUGUUAUCGUCUUUGGAGUGGUAGUUACCUUUAUCAAGUUGAGAUAUGACCAAAAUAAGUAUACUCAACAUGUGGUCAGCUCUUGGGACCUUAAAAUCAGUCAACUUUUACACAGUCCACAGGCAUCUAUGAUUCCUCAAUCUAUUAAAGAUGCUUAUCAGAUCCAGUUUAAAGGACUUCUCAGUCAAUACUUGGGCCCAAUUUCAUCGACCAAUAUCAUUAGAGCAAUUGGAGCAAAAGAUACUUCAUCGAGGAAGCAAAAAUAA